GCUUCCCUGCUGGGUCGGAGAGAGCAUCGUACAGUUCCUUCGACGCGGGGUCGUUCCAUUCCACCCCUUCGCGGUUCCGUUUAUCGAGACUGUUUAUGGAGAUUGAACGACUGAUCCGAGUGACUGACUGAGUUAAAAUAUAUUUCGGACCACCCCAAAAACUGAAUCGAAAGUACGAAUCUGGCAAGAUGACGAAUUUCCUGAUCCUUCUGGUGAUUACUUUGGCUUGCGUAAUCGUCAACGCCCAAGAAACAUCCAAUCAAAACCCCGUUUUCGGACAAACGUUCGAUGAAAUUGUGGUCUCGUCGGAUCUGAACGUCAGGAGAAAGUCGAAGGAGAGCCGUCAGGGUAAGAAAUUGACGAACAUACCGUCAGCUACCACCGGCCCGCCAGAAAAGUCCACCGAAGUCGCGUCCAGGCUCGUUUCCAAUGACGGCAGUCGAAUCACGUCGGCGAAAACGCAAGGCAAACGCGAAAUUUCAAAUUUGCAAAAGAGGUACCUGGACAUGGACGUCGCGGGAUACUUAAUGAAAUCUCGGAAACGAUGAAAUUUUCAUUCCGGGGACAACCGCACGAUCCUCACACCACCCAUUCCGACCAUACUUUUCGGACCAAUUUCGGACCAUGGCUCAUGUAACAAAAGGAAUAAAAAUUUUCUGUGUCACAGCAA